AUGGCGCUGUUAGAUGGCGCACAGGCCGUGCUAGAGAAGACACAGCAGACAAGCCCGUCAUCUCAGAGAGAAGACACAACAGUUAACCUCGUCAUCUCAGAGAGAAGACACAACAGGCAAGUCCAUGACCUCAGAGAGAAGACACAGCAGACAAGCCCGUCAUCUCAGAGAGAAGACACAACAGGCAAUCUCAUCAUCUCAGAGAGAAGACACAACAGGCAAGUCCAUGACCUCAGAGAGAAGACACAACAGGCAAUCUCAUCUUUUCUGAGAGAAGACACAACAGGCAAGUCCAUGACCUCAGAGAGAAGACACAGCAGACAAGCCCGUCAUCUCAGAGAGAAGACACAACAGGCAACCUCAUCAUCUCAGAGAGAAGACACAACAGGCAAGUCCAUGACCUCAGAGAGAAGACACAGCAGACAAGCCCGUCAUCUCAGAGAGAAUACACAGCAGUCAAGCCCGUCAUCUCAGCGAGAAGACACAACAGGCAAUCUCGUCAUCUCAGAGAGAAGACACAACAGGCAAGUCCAUGACCUCAGAGAGAAGACACAGCAGACAAGCCCGCCAUCUCAGAGAGAAGACACAACAGGCAAUCUCAUCAUCUCAGAGAGAAGACACAACAGGCAAGUCCAUUACCUCAGAGAGAAGACACAGCAGACAAGCCCGUCAUCUCAGAGAGAAGACACAACAGGCAAUCUCAUCAUCUCAGAGAGAAGACACAACAGGCAAGUCCAUGACCUCAGAGAGAAGACACAGCAGACAAGCCCGUCAUCUCAGAGAGAAUACACAGCAGACAAGCCCGUCAUCUCAGAGAGAAGACACAACAGGCAAGUCCAUGACCUCAGAGAGAAGACACAGCAGACAAGCCCGUCAUCUCAGAGAGAAGACACAGCAGACAAGCCCGUCAUCUCAGAGAGAAGACACAGCAGACAAGCCCGUCAUCUCAGAGAGAAGACACAACAGGCAAGUCCAUGA